AUGAAAGCUCUGCAGGAUACGCUACUGCUGCUCGCCUUGUCGAUGGUGGCCGUUGAUGCCGCGGUGACGGCCGUGCGCGAUGCCCGCUGCCCACGUGUAGACGAUCUGGAGAGGACCGUCCAUCUGGCCCAUCCGACCGACUGCAACCGGUUUCUGGUGUGUGCGUCCGGUAUGGCGUUCGAGAUGCGUUGCCCCGACGGUCUGGAGUACGAUCUGGAGCAGCUGAGCUGCGAUUACGACUACCUGGUGCGUUGCGCAACGGACGGGCGGAAGCAGAUUCAGCAGGCCAACCAAAUCGUGCAACCGUCGGGCGAGCCGGUGUUCAAUCGGCCCAGCUGGGAGGACCGGGAGGCUCCCCGGGUGGAGGUACCGAAGCCACAGUACAAACCGGCGGUCAGCGUCGUGGACGCGCGCUGCCCUCGCACCGACGAUCCGAUGAAACCGAUCCACCUGCCCCGCACCGGCAGCUGUGCCAAGUUCAUGAAGUGCUUCGGAGGCCGAGCCUACGAGAUGGACUGCCCGGCCGGUCUUGAGUUCGACGUGAAGGAAGGGCGCUGCGAGUAUCCCGCGGAAGGCGGCUGUGGUCGCAUGUAA